CAGACUCUCAACGCCCUGACCGAGAGGACGUAUUUGCCCUCCUCGGGGAUGAGAAGAGCCAGUUAGGAACUGGCCUUUUUGUCACCUGUGCACGUGGUCCACACGUCCGUCCCGUCCUUGUCCUUUGCUGGCAGGACUCCAGUAUUUCUGGAGUGUUGCACGUUCUGCUGCUGAGCUUCUGCGUGAGGUCCCGGACUGACCUUCCUCCUGUUGUAUGUUUAUAUGAUGCCCGGCACCUGGCUGGAGUUUCACCUGAGUGAGGCCUAAGGAAGGAUGACAGGAAUAAUCAAAGUCACAGGAAGACUUCUGGAGGAGUUAAUUACAUGAUUGAGAGCUCACCAGCCUGGAAGAGAAAUAGCGCAGGUCUGUGAAACCCUGAGAGGACAGAGGUGAAUGAGGAAUGACUGUUUGUGGGCCUUUUCAGCACAGAAGCUGGUGCUGUGGAACGGAGCGAGCGGGUGGCAGAUAUUCAUUCUUUUCCCCUUGGGUUGCCCGUGCCUGGUGACAGGGACCAGACCUGCGCUGGCCUGACCUACGCGGGACCCACACGUACCUGUCACGGCAGGGGCUCAUCAGCCUGCGAGUCCUCCGUCACGGACAAUGUCUUGGUGGUUCCUCAGUCCUGGAGGUAGGAGAUAACAUCCGUGCCUUUCUGACUCAUUUUCUGUGUGCUCUCUGAAGAUGUUGUGAACCGAAUGAAGGAAUCUCCUCAAAGUAAAAAGGACAACCAGAGAUCGCCCCGUUCACCCGGUGGCACAGCUCCGUUUUCACCAGCUGCAGCAGGGGAGCCCAGAUCUCCGACAGGAAUCCAGCCACCAAAGGCAAGUGACUCUGGUCAGAAGUCUUCUGCUGCAGAGCAGGAACUGUACAGGAGGUAUGAGCAGGAACACGCGCUGGUCCAAGAGGAGUUGCUCCGCCUGGCCAAAAGAGAAAGGGAAGCAGCCAGUGAGGCCUUGAACAUGGCCCUUCAGUGGGAGAGGAACAACAUUAAGGAAGAGAGGCAGAGAGCAGCCCAGCUGCCUGCGGAUUUGGACGCCUGGGUCUUGGAGCUGCAAGGCAGGGAGGCAGAGCUGAAGCGGCAAGAGGCCUUCUACAAAGAGCAGCUGGCCCGCAUCGAGAGGAAGAGAUGUCUCAUGAUGUAUUGGAUGGUGCACAGACAUCGCCCGAUUUACCCUGACGCGCGGCAGGCCUGGAACUGGCUGGAUGGUGGUUCUGGAAGCAGAGGAGGCGACUCGUGGAAUGCAGAGAUCUACAAGCUGACAUCCCAGCAGUACCAGGACGCGGCCACCAAGGCGGAGCAGUGGAUAAAGAGGAGGAACACCGAUCCUGUCUGUGCCGGCCUGCAGUCUGAAAUCCUCAAGUGCUACCAAGAAAACAAACGUGAAGUGCUCAAAUGCUCCGAGCUGGCUAAGGAGUAUCAGCGCUGCGUUAGUACAGCUCAGAAGCUACACAGCGCCCAGAUGUGCGAGCGCCGUGGCGCGACUGCUGAAAGGAGUAUUGGAACAAAGGAGCUGUUAGUUAAUUCUGGAUAAACAUCACCCACCAAAGAGCAGCGGACAGGGACCACAGAUGCCCUUGGAAGCCCCAGCAUCCUUCUGUAAGACCCUGACCAAACCCGGUGCCUUCUGCCCUUCGCGGUCCAAGACGACGACGUGACUUUUCUUCUAAUUGCCUGCAUGUAUCGCUCUCUCUGGAUGUUUCUGGAGUUGGGAGGGGGGUUCUGGGAGAGGGAGACGCUACCGUUUUCUUUUUUAUUGUAUUACAAUGUAAAGAUUCAUAUUGACCCCAGGUAUUUCCAGCACAGCUGGUUCACCCUGUGCGAGUUUUGGGUUCACCAAUCCACAUCUGAGUUCCAAGAGCUGUUUUCUUUGUCUGUUUGCUCUGGAGAAAGGGGUCCAAAGUAUUUGGAAGUAACCCUGAUUAGCUUGUUAGGAUUCAUUGUUCCUAGCAUGCUCCCAUUGGUUACACCAGCAGGCGUGUUUCUUCCCUUCCAAGGUUCCCUCCUAAACAAUAAAGUGUUUAAUGGUCA